CCUGAAAUGCAAGUGGGUUAGAGGAGAAGAUGAGGGAAUCCCAAAACAGUCAGGGUCCCUCUUAACAUGAAGACUCAUUAAUCUUAGUGGCUUCCAAGAAUAUUCUUAUCUUCUUACUGGAGAGAUCAUCUUUGACCAAAUAUCUAUAACCAUGUCUGUCCAAGUCCAAACUAGCUUGUGGGGCUCAGUUGUCAAGUUGACCUUGUGGGGUUCAUUCAACUCAUGCCAUGCUCUCUGGGAACGCAUGAUGGUUCCAGAGUUCCUACAAAUGAAAGCCUCAGGGGCUGGAAUCUAGAAGUGCUCUGUCUGGUCCAGAAGAUUCAGGCACAGGAAGGGGAGCUUCCCAUUCCUAAAAUAUCUGCUGUGCCUAGUUCUGUGAUUCCCUGGAAUGAGUCUGUGAAGAUUCAGUGCUCUGGAAUACCUGAGUCUUACCUGUAUCAACUGGAGAUCCUGAGAAAUUCCACAUCCACAGUGGUGGAGAAGAGAUGGGGAUUUCAUAAGGUGGUUGAAUUCGCCAUUAAGCACAUGGAUACAAACACUGCAGGGCGUUAUCAGUGCCAAUAUAGGAAAGAAGUCAGCUGGUCAAAGCAUAGUGAAGCCCUGGAGCUGGUGGUGACAGGCUUGUAUGACAAACCCUUACUCUCCACUGAUCAGGGCCUCGUGGUGAUGCCAGGAGAGAACAUUUCCUUCCAGUGUGGUUCAGCACACAUCCCACUUGAUAGAUUUUUACUGACCAAAGAAGGAACAUCUGCUUUGCCACAGCACCAAAAUGGGCAACACCAAGGCAGCUUCACUCUGGGUCCUGUGAACCUCAGCUUCUCAGGGAACUACAGGUGCUAUGGUUGGCACAGUGGCAACCCUUAUGUGUGGUCAGCCCCCAGUGAUGCCCUGGAGCUUGUGGUCACAGAUACCAUGAACCAAGAUUACACGGUGGAGAAUUUGAUCCGAAUGGGAGUGGCAGGGCUGGUCCUCGUGGCUCUCUUGGCCAUACUGACAGAAAACCGGCACAGCCAUAAGGUGCCACACAAAGGACACUUAGAAGACUUACCUGAACUGACCUUGAGUACACAGAAAUGCCAGACAAAAUAGACCUUUGGACUACCCCCUAAUGAUCACCAGGUAGACACUCGGCACUGCAAGUGGAAACGAAUCAGCACUUGUGAGGUCCUGCAAAGCUACUUGGAGAACAUAAGGAAGAAAGACUCACUAAGAAGCUUGGAUCCAUUUUCAAGCCAGUCAAAUGGUAUUUUCUAAUAUGGAUCUGAUAUAUGUGCACCCCACCUUCCUGGAUGUUGGUGAUAAAAUGCUCAUUAUAGUCUUGGUUUAACUCACUUCCUAUGAUAAAAAUAAUGCAAAGCAUUCUUCAUUCUCCUUGCAAACUGUUUUUCACCCUUCCUCUAUAUGAGUUCUAGUUCAUAACUUCAGUUUGUCUUGACUUUAUCAGCAAAACCAAGUGUCCUUACAUCAUCCUUUAUAAGACCCUAACUCUUAGAAUUUCAUUAAUUAUUAAUACUAAUAAUAAAUUAAUUACUAAUACUGUUUGCUAAACAUACCAUGUAUUCCAUGACAUGUGUGCUUCUAGUUUCCCUACACUAAAAAAUGUGUAUUAACACAAGCUUUCCCCAUUGUUAAGAAGGAGAACUGACUCUGGGUGGUGAACACACAAUGCAAUAUAUAGAAGAUGUAUUAUAGAAAUGUACACUUGA